AUGGUCCAUGCCGGGCCGGCCGCGCGCGCGCCCUCUCGCGCGAUGUUCGCCGCCACCACUGAGAGCAAACCGCGUCGUGCCGUCUCGCCGCUCGGUAUACCUAAGUCUCCGUCGUUUCACUCGGGACUAGAUCUUGUUGCGAACCAAUCGGCUACCAAGCGCUCAGAGAGUGUAUCAGACGUCGCGCGCGCUUUUCGUUUCGCGUUGUUCGCCGGCUCCGGCAUGGAAGGCCAGGGCCUGCCGCAGAAGGCGCCGUCACCGCCUGACGCGCGCAGCCCGCCACCCCCCACCGCAGCCGCCGUUUCGCCCGAGCGCUCGACGCCGAUACCCAAUGCCGAAAAGGAAAAUUCGAUGGUACAAUUACCACCACUCAAAGGUUCGUCGGCAUUAUCAACAAAAGUCACUGAAAAUAUUGGCUACCACUAA